AUGUUUCUUCGCUCUCUCGCUCGCGCCGUCCCUCGCGGCCAGGCUCCCAUCCGCGCUGCCCCCAUUGCCUCCCUGAACGCUAUGCAGGCUCGCUUUGCUUCCGACCAUGCCAUCGCCAACCCCACUCUCGCCAGCAUUGAGAAGCGCUGGGAGGGCAUGCCCCCUCAGGAGCAGGCCGAGCUCUGGAUGUCCCUCCGCGACCGCAUGAAGGUUGACUGGCACCAGAUGACCCUCCAGGAGAAGAAGGCCGCUUACUGGAUUGCUUUCGGUCCCCACGGACCCCGUGCCCAGACCCCCAAGGGUGAGGGCUGGAAGAUCCUCUUCAAGGUCACCCAGCUGACCCUCGUCUCCUUCGCUCUCUUCUACGCCAUCCACCUCUUCGCCAAGCCCCAGCCCAAGACCAUGUCCAAGGAGUGGCAGGAGGCCUCCAACGAGUACGCUCUGUCCGAGAACAUGAACCCCAUCCACGGUAUCAGCAAGCCUGGUUACGAGGGCAAGGGCUUCGUCCAGAGCCCCCCCGCUGAGAAGUCAUAA